UCUGCCCGGCUGCUGCUGAGGGCUGCGGGGAGGCGGUGGCGAUGGCGGAGGCGGCGUUGCUGCUGCCGGAGGCGGCGGCUGAGCGGGACGCUCGGGAAAAGCUGGCUCUUUGGGAUGGGAGACCCGACACCAUUGCGCCGCUGACGGACAGGCAGACUGAGUCUGUGCUAGAGCUGAAGGCGGCGGCGGAAAACCUGCCGGUGCCGACCGAGCUCCCAGUGGAAGACUUGUGUAGCUUAACAUCCCAGUCACUGCCUGUUGAGCCAACUUCAAUAGUGCCCGAAUCUACAGAAGACAUUCUUUUUACUGGCUUCACUUCCUUAGGAAUGAAAGAAGAAAGAAUCGAGACUGCACAGCAGUUUUUCUCGUGGUUUGCAAAGCUGCAAACUCAGAUGGAUCAGGAUGAAGGAACUAAAUAUAGACAGAUGAGGGAUUACUUGUCUGGGUUUCAGGAGCAGUGUGAUGCUAUACUGAAUGAUGUAAAUGAUGCCCUGCAACAUCUGGAGUCAUUGCAGAAACAGUAUCUUUUCGUGUCCAAUAAGACGGGAACUCUACAUGAAGCCUGUGAACAACUCCUGAAAGAACAGUCGGAACUUGUUGUGGCUGAAAACAUUCAACAAAAACUUUCUUAUUUUAAUGAAUUGGAAACCAUUAACACAAAAUUGAAUUCCCCUACGUUGUCUGUGAAUAGUGAAGGAUUUAUACCUAUGCUGGCCAAGUUAGAUGAUUGUAUAACGUAUAUCUCAUCACAUCCUAAUUUUAAAGAUUAUCCUGUAUACUUACUGAAGUUUAAACAAUGUCUUUCUAAAGCUUUGCACCUUAUGAAGACAUAUACUGUGAACACACUACAGACCCUCACAAACCAGUUACUAAAAAGGGAUACUUCAUCUAUACCGAAUGCAGACAAUGCCUUCACACUAUUCUAUGUGAAAUUUCGAGCUGCUGCCCCAAAAGUCAGAACUCUUAUUGAACAGAUAGAACAACGAUCUGAAAAAAUACCUGAAUACCAGCAGUUGCUAAAUGAUAUCCACCAGUGUUACCUUGAUCAGCGGGAGCUCCUUUUGGGCCCUACCAUUGCCUGUACUGUGACAGAGUUAACCAGCCAAAACAACAGGGAUCACUGUGCCUUGGUUCGCAGUGGCUGUGCCUUUAUGGUCCAUGUAUGCCAGGAUGAGCACCAGCUUUAUAAUGAAUUUUUCACAAAGCCGACAUCAAAAUUAGAUGAGCUUUUGGAGAAACUUUGUGUGUCAUUGUAUGAUGUCUUCAGACCGUUGAUCAUUCACGUUGUUCAUUUAGAGACUCUAUCAGAACUUUGUGGGAUUCUUAAAAAUGAAGUGCUUGAAGAUCAUGUACAGAACAAUGCUGAACAACUAGGGGCAUUUGCAGCUGGGGUAAAGCAGAUGUUGGAAGAUGUACAAGAACGGCUCGUGUACCGAACCCAUAUCUACAUUCAGACAGACAUCACCGGCUACAAACCAGCUCCUGGAGACCUGGCCUAUCCUGAUAAAUUAGUCAUGAUGGAGCAAAUUGCUCAGAGUUUAAAAGAUGAGCAGAAGAAGAUACCUUCAGAAGCUUCGUUUUCAGAUGUUCGGUUAGAAGAAGCAGAGUCUAAUAGUCUAACAAAAUCUGCUUCAACAGAAUCCCUCAAUCCUAGACCACAAACAACGAUUUCUCCAGCAGAUCUUCAUGGGAUGUGGUAUCCUACAGUUAGAAGAACUCUUGUCUGCCUUUCCAAAUUAUACAGAUGCAUAGAUAGGGCUGUAUUCCAAGGAUUAUCACAGGAAGCAUUGUCUGCUUGCAUUCAGUCCUUACUGGGAGCAUCAGAGUCUAUCAGCAAAAACAAGACUCAGAUUGAUGGACAACUUUUCUUAAUUAAGCACCUUUUGAUUCUUCGUGAACAAAUUGCUCCAUUUCACACUGAAUUCACCAUUAAGGAAAUUUCCCUGGACCUCAAGAAAACUAGAGAUGCAGCAUUUAAAAUCCUGAACCCUAUGACUGUUCCGAGAUUUUUUAGGCUGAAUAGCAACAAUGCCUUGAUAGAGUUCUUGUUGGAGGGUACUCCUGAGAUAAGAGAACAUUAUCUUGACUCUAAGAAAGAUGUAGACCGGCACCUAAAGUCUGCUUGUGAACAGUUUAUUCAGCAGCAGACCAAGCUGUUUGUAGAGCAGCUGGAAGAGUUCAUGACAAAGGUUUCAGCAUUAAAAACAAUGGCCAGUCAGGGAGGCCCCAAGUAUACCCUUUCCCAGCAGCCUUGGGCACAACCAGCAAAGGUCGGUGACCUCGCAGCAACUGCCUAUAAGACAGUGAAAGCAAAGCUGCCGCUGACAUUGAGGAGCAUGUCGCUGUACCUGUCCAAUAGGGAUACGGAAUUCAUCUUGUUUAAGCCUGUUAGGAAUAACAUUCAGCAAGUCUUCCAGAAGUUCCAUGUGCUGUUAAAGGAAGAGUUCAGCGCUGAAGACAUCAAGAUCAUUGCUUGCCCUUCCAUGGAGCAGCUGAACUUCCUGUUGUCGGACUCUAAUUAAGCAGGCCAGUCGGGCUGGGCUGUGUGUGUUGGCAGUCUGUCCCACAAGCGCAGGCUGAGGAGUUUUGCAGCCUACAGGAUGCUGAGGAACCCUACGUGGGAAUGUACCCAAGUACCACAUUGGCGUGCUGCUCAGUGCUGCCUACAGAAGGAAACGGGAGCAAAGCGAAAAGAUUGGCGUUUCCCUUUUAAACACCACAAUGCCAAAGACAAAUUAUUGAGCAGCAAUAACUGCCUUACUUAAAUGGUCACUGUUGAGAGGUGGCCAAGAGGGCUCACAGUGAAAUGUUUCUUCACAGAAGUUGUGCAAUAAAAUAGGUUACAAUAAGUAGUGCAAAGAACUUUAUGGAAAUUGAGCUGACUAGAAAGCUGCUAAGGGUAAGGUUUGCUAAAGCGUGAAACACUGCAACACUUUCAACCACCAAGCAUUCCACAGUGACUAUUUGUUUACUUCCAGAAAUCUUAUUUCUGUACUCUUUAAUGUUUCUUCCAUCAUUUUGAAGUUUAGUUGGGAGUGGAUUGUUUGCUUCUGAGAGUGCAUCUUGCUUUCCUGGGAAUUCAGGUGUCAUCUUUCUCUGGAUUUGAUGUGAGGCCUUGUGUAAGUCCCCAACACUUGUGCUCUUUGAACUGCUAGGGUGCCUGACAUAGAUAGGUGUGGUCUUAAAUGUGGAGCUCUACAGUGCAGUAGUGAGUGGGUAAGAGCAGGAGUGACCAAUUAAGGUAUCUUAAAUCUGGCCCAGCAAGGAGAGAAGGAAGCCUGAUGAGAGGCAGUCUCUCUCCUCUGAUGAGUGAAGCCUGGUUACUAGCCUUCUGCACGCUGCCUUCGCUGCAGCCAUUCUUUGAAAAGUGAGCACUUUCAUGUGUCUCUCUGAUUGCUGGUGCUGUGCUGUGUGCCAGCUUUGGAACCUCUGGCCCUGCCACUACAGAACACAUUUCACCCACCAACAGGAGGAUGACAAGUACUGCUCACACCAUAUCAGGGAUCACAAAUUGCAAAUGUCUGUGAAUUUUCCUACAAAUUCCUGUUAAUUUGGAACUGAAUAGGUUUUUGCCUCUGUUACAGUAAAUGUAGCCUACUUUUUGGUUCAGAAAGACUUCUUUCUGAAUUCUGAGUUAUUCAAACCCUGCUGUGGAGGUGGGACACUGACGAGGGAUCUGGAAUGGAGCCAGCGACCUAAUGGUGCAGGCAGUGUGACUGUACAGAGGUUCAGCACUUUUCACGCACUUAGUGCGGGCUCUCACACAGUGUGUGUGGGUCACCUGUCCAGUGCCUGACAUUUGGUAACGGCACUUGGUCUUCAGCCCAGUUUAAGUUGGUGGUGGACAUUCUUUGAUGGAGCUUAUCACUGUAUAUUUUGGAGAAGGGUGUAAAGUGAAAGAGGGUUCAUAUUCUCUUUGUCAUAAAAUGAAUGAAUUAGGAAGAUUGUAUUUCCUUCCACUUACUGUUUUAAAUAAAAGUUUAAUGAAACUGUAAAAUACACACCUUUGUAUAUUAUGUGUACAUUUGGUCUUUAAAUAGCCUUUCCAGAGAAAUGGGGGCAUGAUUUUUGUACAGUAUUGUGACUGAUCAGUGUGAUGUACAGAGCAGUGCACGCUCUUCAGGAUAAGAGUUUCAGAAACACUCGAGUACCUUAUAAAGUUCUGGGUAGCCGAUAGUGAUUCAGCUUGUUUGCUGAAUGAAUAUUUGUUUAAAUCUGUACAGUUUCAAGUGCUUACUUAUACAAGAGUGUACAUACUUUGAAAUAAUUAAUUUAAAAUGCUUUAUAUUAUU